AUGGAAUCACAAAACAUAUCAGAAAAAACAUCCAGUGCUAUAUUACUCGAAGAGAGCUCGGUUCAUUUAGAUCCAGCGUCGAGGCGGAAGCUUCAAAAUCGGCUCAACCAGCGAGCUAGCCGGAAAAGAAAGGCUUUACAGGCCGCAGGAGAGCCCAAACGUCAGGGAAGACGAUGGGUUGUCUACACAAAUGAGGCCACGGCUGCUACAUCCUCUCCAGAGGAUACAGGCAUCAGCUCUAGCGCUGUGGCAAAGAAGAUGCGGCAAGAAACAUGCCAAUCUAUAAGUCAAAUAAACGACAAAAGCUCAUAUCCGGUUGCCCCUCACAUGCCACACGACGAGUCUUGGGCUCAACUACAACAGCGAGUGAAUCAUGCCGUCAGCAAUGGUUUUCUGACCCCUACCCUAGUUCCUCUGUUCACCCAAUAUAACGUCAUGCUCGCGAUGUUCAACAACGCUGCAAGUAUGGGGUUGACGGGAGAAGUACUAUGCGAAGACAUCGCGUCGUUCUUCAAUAUCCCCGGGCCAUUCUCAAUUAAGCUACCGCCAUCUUUACAGCCUACUUCCGCGCAAAAGCAAGUCAUCCACCACCCCUGGAUUGAUUUACUGCCUAUGCGGUCUCUCAGGGAUACUCUUUUGUACAGACUGGGCACAUACGAUGAAGACGAAUUAUGUGGCGAUCUUUAUGGCCUCUGUAGUGCCUCUCCGAGUAUUGGGCUGUUUGUUUGGGGCGAAUCAUGGGAUCCGGCAGCAUACGAAGUUUCCGAGAGUGUAUUACGCAAAUGGGAAUGGCUCUUCAAGGAAUGUCCUGACCUCCUCGCUUCUACAAAUCACUGGAGAAGAAAACGUGGAGAGAAGCCUUUGAAGCUCAUAGAGUUUCGGCACUCUUCAAUCGAGAAAAUAAAUCAAUAA